GAUAAACAAAAUCUCAUCUUACAAAUUUGUAAAAGGAUUUUUGAAGCUAUUCAGCAUAAGCAUACAUCGACAGAAAUUUCUUAUAAUGGAAAAGAAAUGGAACAUAAACAAAUUAACAACGUUACCGAGGUGGAAAAUUGUAUUAAUGAGGAAUUCAGUCAACUUAGGGAUAAUGAUAAAAUACUAAAUUAUGAGAUAAAAAAGCUCUUAAUCGGCAUUUGGAAGAUUGAGUUCAAAUGGAUUAAAUCUAAUGUUAAUCCUUUGGUUAAAUGUCUUUUGGAAAUUUCAAUGAAAUGGUAUGACCCUUUCGUUAAUUAUAUUCAUUUAAAAGAUGAACAAAAGAGGUUGGGUUGGAAAGCUUACACUGAUAAACAUGUGAAGGAGGGUGAGUUAAAGAAAUACCUUUUAGAAAAUCUAGAAAAAUAUCUUCCCGGACUUGAAUAUUUAUUUGAAUAUUCUUGGCUUGCAAUUGAUGAUGGUAAUAAUUAUCAUGAGGGUGAUCUCAUCUUUGCUUCAGAUGUUGGUAUUUUUAUCGUCGUUGGAGUUAAAUGGUUGGAUGUAAAUUCGGGACCUGCUGCGAAGAAAUCUAUUGAAAAGGAGGUUAGAAUGUUUAAAGAUUUGGCCGAAAAGAAAUUUAAAGGAAAAUACAUUGCGAUCGUGGGAGCAACGUUUACAAAUAACCCCGACGAAGAUUCUCUAGAAAAUUCUACGCUCGAGUUUAUUGAAAACGAUAAAAUCAUUGCACAAAUUCUUCCAGAAAUUCAUCAAACUCGCUCAAAAUCAAAAACAACUCUAAUUACACAAGAACAAGAGUCUAGCGGAUGGUUAUAUGGUAGUUUAACUGGUCUUGCUACAAUUGCAGCAGCAGGUUAUAUAAUUGUUCAAUCAUUGUCAAAAAGGAAUAACGAGUAA